CUCACGCACGGAGCUUAAACCCUUCUCUCGUUCAGCUCCGAAACCCUUCCUCAGGCCACCCACCGUCAGUCUCUCCGGCAACGCUUCGGGGUUUUGGUGAUAGCAGGAUGGAUGACAGCUUGUAUGAUGAGUUUGGAAACUACAUUGGACCUGAAAUCGAGUCUGAUCAGGAUAGUGAUAGAGAGGAUGAAGAUGAAGAUCUCCCAGAAAAGCCCGAGGAUGAUAGGGCUGAGUCUGAUGAAGAGAAUGUGGGUGCUGGACCCAAUGGGUGGAUAACUACUACUGAUGACGUUGAUAUGGAAAAUCAGAUUGUUCUUGCAGAGGAUAAAAAGUAUUACCCUACUGCAGAAGAGGUGUAUGGUGAAGAGGUGGAAACACUAGUAAUGGAUGAGGAUGAACAGCCCCUUGAGCUACCCAUAAUUAAACCGGUUAGGGAUAUUAAGUUUGAAGUGGGUGUUAAAGAUUCGUCCACCUAUGUGUCGACCCAAUUUCUUUUGGGUCUCUCAUCGAAUCCUACCUUGGUUAGGAAUGUUGCUUUGGUUGGACACUUGCAGCAUGGGAAGACAGUCUUCAUGGAUAUGUUGGUUGAGCAAACUCACCAUAUUUCUACUUUUGAUCAAAACAGCGAGAAGCAUAUGAGAUACACUGAUACAAGGAUAGAUGAGCAAGAGAGAAGGAUAUCAAUCAAGGCAGUUCCUAUGUCACUUGUUCUCGAGGACAGCAAUUCGAAAUCCUAUAUGUGUAAUAUCAUGGAUACACCUGGUCAUGUCAAUUUUUCUGAUGAAAUGACUGCUGCCCUCAGGCUUGCUGAUGGGGCAGUGUUGAUAGUUGAUGCUGCUGAAGGAGUCAUGGUAAACACAGAGAGGGCGAUCCGGCAUGCGAUCCAAGAGCGCCUACCUAUAGUAGUUGUCAUAAACAAGGUUGACAGAUUAAUAACUGAGCUAAAACUACCACCAAAAGAUGCCUAUCAUAAGUUGAGGCAUACCAUUGAAGUCCUCAAUAACCACAUCACUGCAGUCUCUUCAACUGCUGGCAACGUUCAAAUUAUUGACCCAGCUGCUGGAAACAUAUGUUUUGCUAGUGGUAGUGCAGGAUGGUGCUUCACUCUGCAAUCGUUUGCCAAAUUAUAUGUUAAGCUUCAUGGGAUCCCGUUUGACGCUAACAAAUUUGCGACUCGACUUUGGGGAGAUAAUUAUUACGAUCCAGCCACUAGAGCUUUUAAGAAGAAGCAACCUUCAAGUGGGGUGGAAAGAUCGUUUGUGCAGUUCAUCCUUGAACCUCUCUACAAGAUAUACAGCCAAGUAAUUGGAGAACAUAAAAAAAGUGUGGAAACAACUCUAGCAGAACUUGGUGUGACUUUGAGUAAUGCUGCUUACAAAUUGAAUGUUAGGCCUUUGCUUAGGUUAGCUUGUAGCUCUGUUUUUGGGUCAGCCACCGGCUUUACUGACAUGCUGGUCCACCACAUCCCUUCUGCUAAAGAGGCUGCAGCGCGGAAGGUUGAUCAUAUUUAUACUGGGCCUAAAGAUUCCGGAAUUUACAAUGUCAUGGAAGAUUGUGAUCCUUCGGGGCCGCUUAUGGUCAAUAUUACUAAGUUGUAUCCUAAAUCAGAUUGCAGUGUUUUUGAUGCAUUUGGAAGGGUUUAUAGUGGUGAAAUUCACACAGGGCAGACUGUUCGUGUGCUCGGAGAAGGUUACUCGCCAGAUGAUGAGGAAGAUAUGACUGUAAAAGAAGUAACGAAACUGUGGGUUUAUCAAUCUCGUUACAGGAUACCGGUUAAUAAGGCUCCUCCUGGUUCUUGGGUUCUUAUUGAAGGUGUUGAUGCUUCAAUUAUGAAAACUGCCACCCUUUGUAAUUCAGAAUACGAUGAGGAUGUAUACAUAUUCAGGCCUCUUCAAUUCAACACUCUUCCAGUGGUGAAAACAGCAACCGAGCCCUUGAAUCCAAGCGAGUUGCCGAAAAUGGUCGAGGGUCUUAGGAAGAUCAGCAAGAGCUAUCCUUUAGCUAUUACUAAAGUUGAGGAGUCCGGAGAACACACUAUUUUAGGUACUGGAGAGUUGUAUCUAGAUUCUAUAAUGAAGGACCUUAGGGAGCUAUAUUCAGAAGUCGAAGUCAAGGUGGCAGAUCCAGUUGUCUCGUUCUGCGAAACAGUGGUGGAGUCUUCAUCGAUGAAAUGCUUUGCUGAAACGCCUAACAAGAAAAAUAAAAUUACUAUGAUUGCUGAACCAUUGGAGAGAGGUCUUGCGGAGGAUAUUGAGAAUGGUGUUGUAAGUGUGGAUUGGCCUAGAAAGAAACUAGGAGACUUUUUUCAAACCAAAUAUGAUUGGGAUUUGCUUGCUGCAAGAUCUAUAUGGGCCUUUGGACCGGACAAGCAGGGACCUAAUAUAUUAUUGGAUGACACACUCUCAAGUGAAGUCGACAAAAGCUUGUUGAAUGCUGUGAAGGAUUCUAUUGUUCAAGGAUUCCAGUGGGGUGCACGUGAGGGUCCUCUAUGUGAUGAGCCCAUCCGUAAUGUUAAGUUCAAAAUAGUAGAUGCAAGAAUUGCACCAGAGCCAUUACAUCGUGGAACGGGUCAAAUCAUUCCAACAGCCCGACGGGUUGCCUAUUCAGCUUUUCUUAUGGCGACACCACGACUUAUGGAGCCUGUAUAUUACGUGGAGAUACAAACACCUAUAGAUUGUGUUUCUGCUAUAUACACGGUGUUAUCUCGAAGACGUGGACAUAUAACUGCUGAUGUUCCUCAACCAGGAACUCCAGCCUAUAUAGUCAAGGCAUUCCUACCUGUGAUUGAAUCAUUCGGUUUUGAGACAGACUUACGGUACCAUACCCAGGGCCAGGCAUUUGCCCUCUCGGCUUUUGAUCACUGGGCCAUUGUUCCUGGUGAUCCAUUGGACAAAAGCAUUGUCUUACGGCCACUGGAGCCUGCACCAAUUCAAUACCUUGCACGUGAAUUUAUGGUUAAAACAAGACGUAGGAAGGGAAUGAGCGAGGAUGUGAGCAUCAAUAAGUUCUUCGACGAGGCUAUGGUGGUGGAGCUUGCCCAACAGGCGGCCGACCUCCACCAGCAGAUGAUCUAGUGGUUGCAGUCAACAUCAUCGGUCAUACCAACAGAACCUUGAAUUUAUUUGUAGUUCUCCUAUAACACUAGCUAUCAAUGUACAAAAAUGACAUAUGCAUCUGGCCAGGUCGACCCGAAGUGGUGAAUCUAAUUAGUCACGAGUUGGGAGGUGAACGGAUUCGAAUUGAUAGCGAUAACGGGUGAAGUAUGGAUUAAAUAUUUUCGUACGAGGAAUGAUUUUUGUAGUACAUUUGUUGUUGAUUUAAGGUUUUGCAGAUGGACUAUAUCUUGUUCGGUUGUUUGUACCCAUAUGAAAACAUUAUUCCUCCCCUUCAUUUUGUU